GUUUUCUGGUUUUGUGAUCCGCUGCUUCGUAGGAGCAUCGGGAUUUGCUGAUUUGCACUCUCAUAUAACAUCGAAAACAAUUUGCUUUUGGAUUUUAGCGAUUUAUUGCGUUUUCUCAUUGUUAACAUGUAUAGAGCAGCAUCUUCUUCACUCAAGAGGCAUCUCAAGGGCCAUGGAAGCUACUUGGGAGCCACUAGGUUUGCAACUUCAACUGCAGUGGCUACAAAGCCUUCCUCAGGUGGAUUGUUCAGCUGGCUUACAGGAGAGAGUUCUAGUCAACUUCCUCCGCUUGACACUCCGCUUGGAGGCAUUGCCCUCCCUGAUCCACUGCCGGAUUUGGUUGAGCCAAGCAAGACCAAGAUCACAACUCUCCACAAUGGUCUCAAAAUAGCCUCGGAGACCUCACUGAACCAUGCAGCCUCAAUUGGAUUAUACCUUGACUGUGGUUCCAUAUAUGAGGCACCAUUGUAUACUGGGGCUUCUCACCUGCUCGAGCGAAUGGCUUUCAAGAGCACAACAAACCGUAGUCAUUUUCGUAUUGUGAGGGAGGUAGAAGCUAUUGGUGGCAACAUAGGAGCCUCAGCUUCUCGGGAGCAAAUGGGAUACACGUUUGAUGCUUUGAAGACUUAUGUUCCUCAAAUGGUGGAAUUGCUGGUUGAUUGUGUAAGGAACCCAGUCUUCUUGAACUGGGAGGUCAAUGAAGAGCUCCAAAAGGUGAAAUCAGAGCUUGGAGAACUUUCGAAUAAUCCCCAAGGCUUGCUCUUAGAAGCAAUUCACUCUGCUGGUUAUUCCGGUGCAUUGGCUAAUCCUCUUUUGGCUCCUGAAACAGCAUUGAACAGACUGGAUGGCGCAAUUUUAGAGGAAUUUGUUGCUGAAAACUAUACAGCACCUAGAAUGGUGCUUGCAGCAUCUGGGGUUGACCAUGAAGAACUUCUGUCUGUUGCUGAGCCUCUUCUCGCUGAUCUACCAAAUGUUCCCCGACCUCAUGAACCGAAAUCUAUCUAUGUUGGGGGUGACUUCCGUCAUCAGGGUGAAUCAGGGGCUACACAUGUUGCGAUUGCCUUUGAAGUGCCCGGUGGAUGGCAAAAGGAGAAGGAUGCCAUAGUUUUGACUGUUCUACAGACACUUAUGGGAGGGGGUGGCUCAUUCUCAGCAGGAGGGCCUGGGAAAGGGAUGCACUCAAGGCUAUACCUUCGCGUGUUGAAUGAGCACCAACAAAUUCUUUCUUGCUCUGCAUUCAACAGCAUCUUCAACAACACAGGACUCUUCGGCAUUUAUACAAGCACUAGCCCUGAGUUUGUGGCAAAAUCUGUGGAUAUAGCGGCCAAAGAACUAUUAGCGAUUGCAUCACCUGGACAAGUUACACAGGUGCAGCUUGACCGUGCCAAAAAAUCCACAAAGUCUGCAGUUCUAAUGAAUCUGGAAUCUCGAAUGAUUGCAUCAGAAGAUAUAGGGAGGCAAAUUUUGACUUAUGGAGAAAGGAAACCUGUGGAGCUGUUCUUGAAGGCAGUUGAUGAAAUCACGUUGAACGAUAUCACCAAAAUUGCUCAGAAGAUUAUUUCCACUCCUUUGACUAUGGCAUCCUAUGGCGACGUUAUAAAUGUCCCCAGUUAUGAAUCCGUCAACAGCAUGUUCCAUGCAAAAUGAGAAUUCCUGUAUCAUCAUCAUCAUCAUAUGUAACAUUUCCAAGAGCAAUUCUGGAAAAUAAAUUGCAGAGAAAUUUUUGCGUGGAUCUGAGGAGCCAUUUGUUCAGGUUCCAAUUUUUUCCCCCAUCUUUUGUUCAAAUGUAAUGUUUUAUAUAUUAGUGUAUGGCCUCAUGAUUAAUGUGACAUUAUUUUUUAAAAUUAUUAUUAAUGAAUUAUUUCUCUAUA